GUGUUUUCGGUUGCUUUCCAAAAUGCUUGAGCGUUUUUUUUUUGUUUUUUUUCUCUGUUAAAAUAUGUAUAGUAACUGGACAGUACUUGCACACUUAAGUUGUACCUUCUUUUCUUUCUUUGCUGUCUUCCACAACGAAAUCCCUGUGGCCGCGGGCACAUUCUUCUGGGUUUUUUGUGUGUAGGCAUUUUUGUACAUUUCGCCACAAUUUGUUUUAAAUCCUCCGUAUUUUAACUAAUACAGUUUGAAAUCCCCCUAACAAGCCUCCAUCCUGAUUGUAAUCUCGUUUUAAAUCUCCAGUAGAAAUGUAUGAAUGUGCUGUCAUUCAGUAGGUGGGGCGGGUGUAAAGUAUUCAGAACGAAUCAAUGAUAGAUGCAAGUCAGGAAGGCGGGACAUUGCCUAGCAGCACUGGGAAAUGUGUACCAUGUGUGUUUUUGUUGUAUGUUUUAUUUUUAAUGAGAAUAGGGUUACGUCAACGUGAAUUGAUUAACCAUUUUCACCGUUUUUUCCAGUGUUUAUUGGCUAUCCACCGAUUUCAUUUUUUUUGCAUCAGGGUUUUUUUUUAUUGGGUUUUAUCGGUUACAACCAAAAAUCAGAAGCCCUAUGUAUAAUACAUAUGUGAGACUGUACUUAAAAUACUGAGUUACAUUCUAGUCCCCACACAACAGGAAGCAUAUUGCCACCCUGGAGAAAGUUAUUUUCUUAACCUUAGCCAACAUUAAGAGCCACACCAGGACCUGUGGACAAGGUUGGAAAUUGAUGGAGACAGGGUUCCCAGAGUUCUCCAGCUCACAGCCCUCGGUUCUGCCUGGUGAAGACCCGCCUCCCUACUCCCCUAUGACCUCUCCAGAGAGCGGCAGUGCCCCCAUGAUCAGCUGCCGGGUGUGCCAGUCACUCAUCAACGUGGAGGGCAAAAUGCACCAGCAUGUCGUCAAGUGUGGGGUCUGCAAUGAAGCCACGCCCAUAAAGAAUGCUCCGGCCGGGAAGAAGUACGUGCGCUGUCCGUGCAACUGUCUCCUUAUCUGUAAAGUGACGUCACAAAGGAUAGCGUGCCCCCGACAGUACUGUAAACGAGUAAUAAACCUGGGUCCUGUUCACCCCGAUCCAGCCAGCCCAGAACCACAGCCCGUGGGAGCGAGGGUGACCUGCGGGCACUGCAGAAACACCUUCCUGUGGACAGAAUUCACGGACAGGACAUUAGCACGCUGCCCCCACUGCAGAAAAGUGUCCUCGAUUGGGAGACGAUACCCUCGUAAGAGAUGCCUGUGGUGCUUCUUGUUGGGUCUCCUGUUUGCCAUCACUGCUGGUGGACUUGUAGCUGGCACGUGGAAGCCUGCUCAACAGUAUGGUGGAAUCUACGCGUCCUGGGCCGUGGUCAUUCUACUGACGGUCAUCUGCAUGGGCCGAGCCUGCUACUGGGCCUGUAUGAGGGUCAGCCAGCCAGUGCAGAACUUCGCAUAAAAAAAGCAGCACGUUUCUCAGGAGGGGGAGGAGGAGGGGGGGGGGAGGGGGAACAGGAACAGGAACAGAACGAGGCACAGAAGAGAAAGCCUUUUCGUGAGGUGGUCGGGGGGGCUAAGGUCAUUCCAAACCCUUUACUCUUGGCAUUGGGUAUACGUAGGGCUUCUGAUUUUGUGUUAUACUCUGACUUUUUUAUGCUCUACUUUUAUGAAUGAGAAACUUGUUCAUAGUAAAAUUGAUUUAAUAUUGGGUUUCUUCUGUGAAACCACUAAACAGGCUUUUAAAUCGUAAGUCUUUAAUUUUUCAUUUACAAGCGUAACGUACCGUAAAAAUCGUUGUAUUGGUCGCACUGACGUAAAAGUCGCUCCCCCCUUUUGGAGAUCUUCCAGUGCAGGUUUUUGUUCCAUCUGUGCUCAACGUACUCUCUUCAAACUGUAAAACCUUCCGGUUUUGUUAAAUAAUGAACCUGUUAAGCCUGGAGUGUCAGGGUCUCCAAGACUAGAACUUGAGGUUGGCGCCAUCUAGUGGAUUUGUUAGAAAUGUGUACGACUGUAGUGUCUGACCUGUUGUCAGUCUAAAAAGCAAACGGAUGCCCCUCCUAAUCGCUAAUAAUCACACGAGUUACCCCAAAAAAUAAGAUUACCAAACUUGAAUGAACUGUAUUUAAUAUAGUGCACUUGCUUUUCCAAAUAUUCAAAUGAUGAGUCACACACAUGUUAAACUAAUUUUCCAAAACUGUUUUUUU